AUGGCCCAACCAGCUCAACCUCAGCAACAACAGCCCACAACGGCAGCCGCCUACCUCGAUCUGGGAAUCACGCUCGCCAUCAACGACUGGCCCGCGAUGAACCUCGCUGUACAAUCGAACUGGGGUGGCCCGACCUCCGCCGACAAGCGGGACUGGCUGUGCGGCGCCAUCUCAGACAUGCUGAGCGACCGACCGGAGACAGACGCCGAGGAUCUCGAGGACGUGCUGAUCCAGGUUAUGAACGACGAGUUUGACGUGGUGGUUGACGACGAGAGCGCCGCGCCAGUGGCUGCGCAGAUCAUGGAGAUUCGGGGGCUGGCGGCGCGGGGCGAGUUCGCGCCUAUCCAGGCGAUGUGGGAGGCGUGGCAGCAGAAGAGUCAGCAGAAGGGGAAUGCGGUUGCUGGGUUCCGGCGGGUUGAGGAUCAGGAGGAGUCCAGUGAUGAUGAUGACGAGGAGGAUGACGAUGAGGAUGUGGAUAUGGAUAUGGGUGAAGCGCCUGCUUUGGUUAGGGCUCCGAAGGAGAAGGCGGAGCCGGAGGUGGAUGAGGAUGGUGCUUACGGUAGAAAACGCGACUACUCAUUCAAUACAAAAUUCAUCAUCAUCAACUGA